AUGCCGCCCACGAAGAAACCUCCUUCAUCCUCUUCAAUGCCCAAAGUUGAACUCUCGGAAGAGAAAAAGGCUCAACUCGAUGCUGAAUUAAAUUGGUGCAUUGAACAUUUAAAAUUGGGAUUGAAAAGAAAGGAUGCUGAUGAGUAUCAAAUUAGAGAGACCAACAAGGUUAUUUCUACGUUACAAUCCAAGAGUGUUGCCGAUGUUCAAAAAAGACAAUUGAUGAAAGUCGUCUUUGGAGACUAUCGAAAAUUAAUGAGAAUGGAAAAACAACAGUUGGAGGAAGCAGAACGAAAAGAGGCUGCUAAAAAGAAAAGAAACAAGCAAACUCUGCAAGUUCGUCAGUGGAGGAAAAGUCUGGUGCCAAUACGAAUGUGGAAACUGACACAUCCACAACUACUGUAG